GUCUCGUUGUCUGACUUCUUUAGCUAGCUCACUCAUUGAACUAACAUUUUGGUUUAACAUUCCUAGGAUUCACAAUAAACAAAGAGCUAACCUUUUGUUUUAAAUAUGUAGAUAUAGAUAAACAUGAUGCUAGAUUCGAUUUUACAUAUCGAUGUACCACCGUAAUAAAAAAAAUAUUUUGCGACCAACAUCCAUGUUAAAUAAUGCUAAUUUAAGAGAGGUUUAAUUCUUUUUUGACAUCAAGAGGAUUUAAUCUUUAAAAAGGAAAAUUCGACCAAUUUUUUUUUCUUUUUUUAAUAAAGUUCGACCAAUUUUAUACAGCGACAUAUUCUCUUAACCAAAAACAAAAUAAUUAACUGAUUACAAGUGUCCGGCAAAAGACAUCUAUAUUCACUCGUGGUUCUUCCUAAAAAUAGAAACUUAUGUGAAGCUAAAAUUCCUCACUAGCAACCUAAAAACACUCUUAUUACAACAUUACAAACGACCACCCAAAGACACGAAAAAAAAAAUUCCCCGACUGUUAGAAAAGACAACAAUCAAUCAAACAUAAAAAAAAACCAUCUUCGAGCUACAUCAAACAUACCUAAUCUCACUCAUCACCACUUUCUCAAUAUGGCCGGAAGAGCAAUGAUGCUCGUUAAUGUCGGAACAGUUAUAAUGACCACUUUGACCCUGGCUAGCUUGGUCAGAGGCUUCGGUGUGAACUGGGGCAAUAUCGCAUCGCAUCCACUGAAUCCUGAUAUUGUUGUUAGGAUGCUUAAAGACAACAAGAUCAAUAAAGUAAAGCUUUUUGACGCUCAUUCAUGGACGAUGAAUACUUUGGCCGGUACGGGCAUGGAGGUUAUGGUCGGAAUCCCUAAUAACCUUCUUGAAAGUCUUGCCGAAGAUUACGAAAAUGCUAAAGAUUGGGUCAAAGAAAAUGUCACGGCUUACAUGCGUAAGGGUGGCGUCAACAUCAAGUACGUGGCCGUGGGGAACGAGCCGUUUUUGUCAGCAUACAACGGAUCGUUCUUGGAGACAACGUUUCCAGCAUUAAAGAACAUUCACAAGGCGUUAAAAGAAGCUGGACAUACUGAUAAAAUGAAAGCCACGAUCCCACAGAACGCUGAAGUUUACCAAUCAGCUAAUGAUAAGCCAUCAGAAGGAGAUUUUAGAAGCGAUGUAAAGAAAACGAUGCUCGACAUAGUCAACUUCUUCCACGAUAAUGAUUUACCUUUCACAGUCAACAUUUACCCUUUUCUUAGUCUUUACCUAAACGAACAUUUUCCCGUUGAAUUUGCUUUUUUCGACGGUAAAGGCGAGUCAAUUCCUGAUAAAGGUAAGAACUACGAUAACGUGUUUGAUGCGAAUUACGAUACGCUUGUUUACUCGUUGAAGAAAGCCGGGAUUAAAGAUAUGAAGAUUAUCAUUGGGGAGAUUGGGUGGCCAACGGAUGGUCAUAAACAUGCGACGCCAAAGCUAGCAGAGAAAUUCUAUGCAGGUCUUAUGAAAAGACUUGCUGAAGAGGAAGGGACUCCAUUGAGGCCUGAGAGAUUAGAAGUUUAUCUCUUCGGUUUCCUCGACGAGGACAUGAAGAGUAUUAUGCCUGGACCAUUCGAGAGACAUUGGGGAAUAUUUAGAUACGAUGGAACACCUAAGUUUAUGCUAGAUUUCACUGGAAAAGGACGCAAGAUCGUACCCGUGGCAGCGAAAGGUGUGAAAUACUUAGAUAAACAAUGGUGCAUAGUGAACAAAGACACGAUCAAUCUAGAUAAGGUUGCUCCGGACCUAGAGUAUGCAUGUUACCACGGUGACUGCACUGCGAUGAAGGGUGAUUCAAGAUGUAGUAAGCUAGACAGAAUCCAAAACAUAUCAUACGCAUUUAACAUGUAUUAUCAGAUUCAGGGUCAAGACGUUAGGGCUUGUGAUUUCAAAGGAACUGCUAGGAUUACUAAGGACAAUGCGACUGUGGGAAGUUGCUUGUUCCCUAUCCAGAUCGUAAGUGGAAGUGACGACUUCAGGAUCAGCUUUGUGUUCGGAAGAUUCUUUGUCGUUGGACUUGUUCUUCUGGGAUUAAUAGCAACUAUAUAAUUUGUUCUCUUUACUGAUUUUUUUUUUGUUGCAAUUUUGGGGAAUUAAUUCCAUACCGGUUAAUUGUUAUUUGUUGUUCGUCUGAUAACAUUUGAAUUAGUACUUCUAUAUAUGUGUUUU